AUGUCAGACUUUACAGGGUUAAAAUUAAAUCUGAAAUGGCAGACAGCGUGUAGAGAGAGCGUCAUAUCAGUCUCAUGUGUUUGCAGAAUCAAAGCCAUCGAGAGCGCGACCAAAGAGGACGACACCAAAUGGCUGACCUACUGGGUGGUUUACGGCGUGUUCAGCGUCGCCGAGUUCUUCGCUGACAUUUUCCUCUCCUGGUUCCCCUUCUACUUCCUGGGAAAGUGUGCUUUCUUGGUUUGGUGCAUGGCUCCCACUCCAUCGAACGGCUCCAUUCUGCUCUACACAAGGAUCAUCCGGCCCUUCUUCUUAAAGAAUGAAGCCAAGAUCGACAAUGUGAUGAAAGACAUCACGGAUAAAGCAUCAGAGACGGCAGACAAGUUUAGAGAUGAAGCCAAGAAAGCCACUGCCAACAUUAUAUUUGAGGAGAAAAAGACCUACUAAAACCCACAGCCGUUUCAACUGCGUCCUGUCCUUCCUCCAGGAUGACUCUCGCCUGAAUAAAUGUUGCCUUGCUAUGCUUAUUUUUCAAACAACCGGAAGUGGGCCGGUUAUUGUUAUUCCCUUUGCCUGUCUUUGAACCUGUGGCAGCUGUGUUAGAUUACAUCAGACAGCCAAGUUACCCUAGUUGUGUUUAAGCGUGCAAGACAUGGAUCAUGUUACAAGAUAUCCAGUGACGCUCACCCUGCAGUGCUUCAGUCUUAGUAAACUUCCUUAUCUUUCCUAUAGACAGCAUAAACCUUGGCUUGGUCAUAAAAUAGUUUAUCUUGCAUCUUGAGGUCAUUUAACAUAUGCAUUCUAAGAUCUAUUUAUGUGUGAUAAGAUUUGUUUGUAGAAAUGUCUCUUCUGAUAACAUCAGUGAAACUGUAAGCAUACGAAUCAUGAAUUUGACGUCAACUAUUAAACGAUUGAAGACACA